AUGGUGAUUAAGCUAUUUAAUCAUUUUCUCUCUCUUUCUCAAUUACUCUCCCGCCUCCACAUCUCUCUCUUUCUCAAUUACUCUCCCGCCUCCACAUCUCUCUCUUUCUCAAUUACUCUCCCGCCUCCACAUCUCUCUCUUUCUCAAUUACUCUCCCGCCUCCACAUCUGUCUCUCUUUCUCUCAAAUUCUCUCCCGCCUCCACAUUUGUCUCUCUCUCUCUCAAAUUCUCUCCCGCCUCCACAUCUCUCUCUCUCUUUCAUUUUCUCUCCCGCCUCCACAUCUAUAUUUCUCUCCCGCGUCCACAUUUGUCUCUCUCUCUCAUUUUCUCUCCCGCGUCCACAUUUGUCUCUCUCUCUCAUUUUCUCUCCCGCGUCCACAUUUGUCUCUCUCUCAUUUUCUCUCCCGCGUCCACAUUUGUCUCUCUCUCAUUUUUCUCUCCCGCGUCCACAUUUGUCUCUCUCUCUCAUUUUCUCCCCGCGUCCACAUUUGUCUCUCUCUCUCAUUUUCUCUCCCCGUCCACAUUUGUCUCUCUCUCUCAUUUUCUCUCGUCCACAUUUGUCUCUCUCUCUCAUUUUUCUCCCGCGUCCACAUUUGUCUCUCUCUCUCAUUUUUUCUCUCCCGCGUCCACAUUUGUCUCUCUCUCUCUCAUUUCUCUUUCCACAUUUGUCUCUCUCUCAUUUUUUCUCUCCCGCGUCCACAUUUGUCUCUCUCUCAUUUUCUCUCCCGCGUCCACAUUUGUCUCUCUCUCUCAUUUUCUCUCGUCAUUUUUCUCUCUCUCAUUUUCUCCCGCGUCACAUUUUCUCUCUCUCAUUUUCUCUCGUCCACAUUUUCUCUCUCUCAUUUUCUCUCCCGCGUCCACAUUUGUCUCUCUCUCUCAUUUUCUCUCCCGCGUCCACAUUUGUCUCUCUCUCUCAUUUUCUCUCCCGCGUCCACAUUUGUCUCUCUCUCUCAUUUUCUCUCCCGCGUCCACAUUUGUCUCUCUCUCUCAUUUUCUCUCCCGCGUCCACAUUUGUCUCUCUCUCUCAUUUUCUCUCCCGCGUCCACAUUUGUCUCUCUCUCUCAUUUUCUCUCCCGCGUCCACAUUUGUCUCUCUCUCUCAUUUUCUCCGCGUCCACAUUUUUCUCUCUCUCAUUUUCUCUCCCGCGUCCACAUUUGUCUCUCUCUCUCAUUUUCUCUCCCGCGUCCACAUUUGUCUCUCUCUCUCAUUUUCUCUCCCGCGUCCACAUUUGUCUCUCUCUCUCAUUUUCUCUCGUCAUUUCUCUCUCUCUCAUUUUCUCUCCCGCGUCCACAUUUGUCUCUCUCUCUCAUUUUCUCUCCCGCGUCCACAUUUGUCUCUCUCUCUCUCUCUCAUUUUCUCUCCCGCGUCCACAUUUGUCUCUCUCUCUCUCAUUUUCUCUCCCGCGUCCACAUUUGUCUCUCUCUCUCAUUUUCUCUCCCGCGUCCACAUUUGUCUCUCUCUCAUUUUUCUCCCGCGUCCCAUUUGUCUCUCUCUCUCAUUUUCUCUCCCGCGUCCACAUUUGUCUCUCUCUCUCAUUUUUCUCUCGCGUCCACAUUUGUCUCUCUCUCAUUUUCUCUCCCGCGUCCACAUUUGUCUCUCUCUCUCAUUUUCUCAUUUGUUUCUCUCAUUUUCUCUCCCGCGUCCACAUUUGUCUCUCUCUCUCAUUUUCUCUCUCCCAUUUGUCGUCCACAUUUUUCUUGUCAUUUGUCUCUCUCUCAUUUUCUCUCCCGCGUCCACAUUUGUCUCUCUCUCUCAUUUUCUCUCCUGCGUCCACAUUUGUCUCUCUCUCUCAUUUUCUCUCCCGCGUCCACAUUUCUCUCUCUCUCAUUUUCUCUCUCAUUUGUUUUCUCUCUCGUCCCAUUUGUCUCUCUCUCUCAUUUUCUCUUUGUCUCUCUCUCUCAUUUUCUCUCCCGCGUCCCAUUUGUCUCUCUCUCUCAUUUUCUCUCCCGCGUCCACAUUUGUCUCUCUCUCUCAUUUUUCUCUCCCGCGUCCACAUUUGUCUCUCUCUCUCAUUUUCUCUCCCGCGUCCACAUUUGUCUCUCUCUCUCAUUUUCUCUCCCGCGUCCACAUUUGUCUCUCUCUCUCAUUUUUCUCUCCCGCGUCCACAUUUUUCUCUCUCUCAUUUUCUCUCCCGCGUCCACAUUUGUCUCUCUCUCUCAUUUUCUCUCCCGCGUCCACAUUUGUCUCUCUCUCUCAUUUUCUCUCCCGCGUCAUUUUCUCUCUCUCAUUUUUUCUCCCGCGUCCACAUUUUGUCUCUCUCUCUCUCUCCGCGUCCACAUUUUCUCUCUCCCGCGUCCACAUUUCUCUCUCUCUUUCAUUUUCUCUCCGCGUCCACAUUUGUCUCUCUCUUUCAUUUUCUCCUCCCACAUUUUCAUCUCUUUCUCUCCCAUUUUCUCUCACAUCUCUCUCUCUCUCUCUCUUUCAUUUUUCUCCCGCCUCCACAUCUCUCUCUCUUUCAUUUUCUCUCUCCCAUCUCUCUCUCUCUCUCUUUCUUUCAUUUUCUUUCAUUUUCUCCCGCCUCCACAUCUCUCUCUCUCUCUCUUUCUUUCAUUUCUCUCCCGCCUCCACAUCUCUCUCUCUCUUUCAUUUUCUCUCCCGCCUCCACAUCUCUCUCUCUCUCUCUCUUUCUUUCAUUUUCUCUCCCGCCUCCACAUCUCUCUCUCUCUCUCUUUCUUUCAUUUUCUCCCGCCUCCCAGUUCUCUCUCUCUUACUUUUUAA